AUGUACAUGGCAUAUUGCAAAGAAUGUUGGCACAAGGAUACUGAAGACGUGGGCAUAUCCCGCACAAGCAGGAGUGGUGCUAUAGAUGGACUAAUCGCCACCUCAACUUUAAUAUAUAAAGGUGCCCACAAGCGUAUAAAGGAGUAUUUCAGCUUCCAGAUACAGGACUUUAUUAGUUUAAAGGACAAUAUUCGCAACGCUCUUGCCAACGAGUGGCAGGAUAUUACGAAGAUCGAAUCAAGAGGAUACAGCCGGCUUCAGCAUAGAUAUAAGAGCGAGCCACUGCUUACGAGCCUUCUCAAGCACGUGUUCCCUGUAGCACUAGAUGCGGUAAUUGAGCAGAUUGCUCUCAUAAAGCAGAAGGACUACAACAACACUUGCUACAACAACUUUAAAGACUCUAUAGGUUUGCCCUAUUCACACACAAUUAAGUACUAUAGUGUAAAUGAACAGUGGACGAUCCCUCUCAGCAUGAUAUACCCAUUCUGGUGCUAUAAGACACCUACUAACCCAGAGGACUCGAUUCGUCGUAUUAAGGACUUUGUAGAGCAACGCCGCAAGGGUCGUCCUCGCCAGCAAGCUUCUUCAACACCAGCCAGUACAGCUAUAAGAGAGCCUUCAUAA